AUGAUAGAUCAAUUAAAGGAGCAAAGCAAGAAAGCUAGCGAUACAUUGGAAGGUUUUGCCAAGAAGACGCAGAAAGAGGUGGAAAAAACAAGUAAAAAGGCACAAGAAAGUAUUGAAAAGGUUACAAAACAGACAAAGAAAAGUAUUGAAAAGGCUACAAAACAGACGAAAGAUAGUAUCGAUAAGAGUGCGAAAGAAAGCAAGAAAGCACUCGAGAAGAGCAGCGGUUUAAUGAACUCAGCACGAGAAGGUUUCCAUAUUGAGAUUAAGAAUGACAAGAAAAAGGUCAAGCUACGUCGAAAGGACUCGAGCGACGAGGAUAGCGACGAGGAGGACGGACUGUUGGAUGAUAUCGGCGAUGAGUUUGAUGAACUUACGCUCAACCAGCGCGCACUGAGCGCUGUCGGCUGCUACGUACUCAGCGGCCUGUUUGCGUUUGCAGCUACAGUGAUGUUAUUCACGAACGUGCAUCACGUACGCUUCUAUGCGCUCUUCUAUUCACUGAGUAACGUUGCCACAUUCUGCAGUCUCAUUUUCAUCAUGGGUCAGAUUCGUCUUCAAAAACGCAUGCUCUCAAGUAAGCGAAGCGUGACUGGUCGCACCUGGAUGGGUUCUCUUGUGCUUUCGAUUGUUGUGGCCUUCUUGUGGCCUUCGCACUGGUUCAGUGUAAUCUUGUUGCUCCUGAUACAGUUUGGCAGUAUGAUCUGUUACAGUUUGUCGUACCUCGCAUUCGGACGCAAAUUCCUACACAAAUACAUGGCAAAGAGAGUCGUUCUUGUGGAUGGUCUGGAUGGCAAGAUCGAUGGUAAGUAA